AACUAUGGAGGGUUUAGUAUGAUUAACAGAUUAAGUCCUCUUCUAUUAAAUCUCCCCGAAAACACAAUUUUUGCAAACGAACAAACAAAUCGAAAUCGACCCACAUAAUUUUUUCAACCAAAUUGUCUGAAUAACAAAGAAAGAAGAAAGCUUUCUCAUAAACAGGCAUUUAACAUGAGUCUUAGUAGUUGCACCAGCUUGAAACUGUGGCAAUGGAUAUGCGGGCACGAAAAUCUCGAAUAUGCUGCGACAGGUGCCAAUGAUUUGGAAUUAAUUAGAAACUUUUAUAAGAACAAGCUAAUCAAGUGAUUCAAUUAAAAACCUGUUGUUAUUGUAAAAGCAAUUGUGCCUGUUUUGUAUUGAUUAUAUUCCUAGCCAUAAGGAUUUUGUUGUAAUUUACCGAGUGCUUCUCCACCCUCUUUUUUUAUAAUACAAUUAUCAUAAGAAUUCUGAAUUUGUUUUGUAAUUGUUGAAAGUUUUUAGUGCAAUCAAUUGAUUAGCUUGUUCUUAUAAAUUGUUGAUAGUUUCAAGCAUAUUUGAAACUUUCAACAAUUAAAUCCAAAUCAAUGGCACUCGUUACAUAGUAUUUUAACCAACAUGUCUGAAUAACAAAGAAAGAAGAAAACUUUAUGCUAAACAGUAAGAGAGCAAUGAACUGGGUUCAACGCAAGAUCUAUCUCUAUAAUGUCACAUUUGGACUUUACAUGUUGGAUUGGUGGGAGCAUUAUCUUUUCAGUAUCCUCAUUUUUGUUCUACUGUGGUUCAUCUAUCACAAUAGUUCACGAUGUGUGAGUGAAUUUUUCAAAAGGUAA